AUGAUUUCGGCUGCCUCCGUCCUCGUCCUGCUCUUCCUGCCCUCGGAGACCUGCUCACCCCUGCAGUGGCCCCGGGGCCCGACCCGCAGGCUGACCCUGGCCCCCCAACCCACCUGGGAGCCCUGGCCGGGAGCCCCGCGACCCCCCGACCCCGCUGCUAGCCCCCUGCCCCAGAGACUGUGCCAGCCCCGUGAGGCAGAGCCCACCCCAGUCCCACGCACCCCACGGGCGCUGCAAACUGGCAAGAGGCGAGACGGCAAACCCAACUCACUGGAUCUCACCUUCCACCUCCUGCGCGAGUUCCUGGAAAUGUCCCGGGAGGAAAGACUGGCCCAGAAGGCGCUCAGCAAUAAGCUCUUGCUGCAGAGUAUAGGAAAAUGA